AUGUACUUGAUCAUAAUGAACAUCCUUCUCUGGGUUUGUUACCUUUCCCUAUUCCUCUUCCUAUUCCUCGUGUUCCGUCACGUGUUUCCAUUUAUCGCUCCGAAAUUACCACCAGGGACAAUGGGGUACCCCAUUAUGGGGGAGACCUUGGAGUUCUUGUCGACCGGGUGGAAAGGACAGCCGGAGAAGUUUGUGUUCGACCGGACGGCAAAGUAUUCAUCAGAAUUGUUCAAGACAUCGCUGUUAGGGGAACCAACGGUUGUGAUGGGUGGAGCCGAGGGUAACAAGUUGUUAUUCUCCAAUGAGAACAAGCUGGUGAGGCUGUGGAUGCCCGACAAUGUGCACAAGUUGUUUCCCUCUUCGUUUCAUGACACCAGCUCCAAUGGAGAUGCUGCCAAGAAGGUCAGAAGCAUGCUCCCUCAGUUCAUAAAGCCUCAAGCACUCCAACGUUACGUUUCCGUCGUCGACUCCAUGGCACACACCCACUUUGCUUCCCUUUGGGAACACAACCUUCAAGUCUCUGUAUACCCUUUAGUCAAGAGGUACACGUUGUUGUUGUCAUAUCGUUUGUUGGUAAGCAUUGAGGACGAGAAGCACGUAACAAAGCUGGCAAAGCAUUUUAAGCAUGUGGGUGCAGGGUUGAUAUCGUUGCCUAUUGACUUUCCCGGAACUAACUUCAACAAAGCAAUCAAAGCAAGCAAAUCGAUAAGGAAGGAUCUUAUAGGAAUCAUAAGGCAAAGGAAGGUGGAUCUAAGUGAAGGGAAUGCGUCCCCAACACAAGACAUAUUGUCUCACAUGUUGUUCAUGUGCGGCAAUAAAAAUGGAGACUAUAUGAUUGAUGAAUGGUUAAUUGCUGAUCAGAUGCUUGGACUUUUGUUUGGAAGCUAUGACACUGUUAGUUCUACCUGCACUUUAAUUGUCAAAUACCUUGCUGAGUUCCCUCACAUAUAUGAUAGAGUCUAUCAAGAGCAAAUGGAAAUAGGAAAAUCAAAAUUAGAAGGAGAUUUGUUGAAUUGGAAUGACAUCAACAAGAUGAGAUACUCAUGGAACGUAGCUUGUGAAGCUAUGAGAAUGACUCCUAUAGCUCCUGGAGGUUUCAGGGAAGCCCUUCAUGACUUUACCUUCAAUGGUUUCUCAAUUCCAAAAGGAUGGAAGUUGUUUUGGAGUGCAAAUUCAACACAUAAGAGUGCAAAGUAUUUUCCGGAGCCAGAGAAAUUUGAUCCAAGUAGAUUCGAAGGAAAUGGACCAGCUCCCUACACAUUUGUGCCAUUCGGUGGAGGACCAAGAAUGUGCCCAGGAAACGAGUAUGCACGCCUAGUCAUAAUGGUUUUCCUCCACAAUUUGGUGAAACGCUUCAAAUGGCAAAUGUUGAUUCCUCAUGAGAAAAUUGUCAUGGAUCCAUUCCCCAUGCCUACAAACAACCUCCCAGUUCGCCUUUAUCCUCACAAUCCCUACUAA